ACCACAAACGUUAGGUCGAGAAGAGAUGAGCGACGACGUGUUGUAGCUUUUUUCUCGAAUGCAUCACGUGCCGUGACUGUUAACGCUGCGUUCGACCGUGAAACGUCUAAAAUUGGCAACCGACGAAAUUUUUGUGGCCAUCGUAUGGUAAAAAAACAACUCGUACACAGAACGAACCCCGCAAUGUCAUCGAGUUUGUUCACCGAAAGUAAAGCAGACAAACCACUCGUUAAUUUGUGAGUGUCUCAAGAGAAUACAUUAGUCUGCACGUUGUGUAAGAUGAAAGCCCACCUCGUCGUAUACGCUCUGGUGAAUCUUGUUCUGAUAAACUGUGAAGAUGCGAUGGAGAAGGUGAAGCGCACGAUUAGUGAUUACAAGAGGUACGUGAAGGAAGACACCCUGUAUAACGAACCGGGACACGCCCCAAAUGUCUACGAUUACAUAGUGGUCGGGUCGGGUUCGGCGGGUGCAGUCGUCGCCAGCAGACUGUCGGAGGACCCGAGGGUGAAGGUUCUUCUUUUGGAAUCGGGGGGUGAGCCGAUUUUUCAUUCGGAGAAGCCGAUGUUGGCAAGCGUGCAGUUGUUGACCAGGCAGAACUGGAACUAUCUCAUGGAGAAGCAGGCGAAUUUUUGCCUAGGUCUGACGGACGAGCUGAUGGCGUGGCCCCGCGGAAGAGUACUCGGCGGCACGACCGUUAUCAACUUCAUGAUACACAUCCGUGGCAACAAGGAGGAUUACAAUAGGUGGGCUCGCAUGGGCAAUCCGGGCUGGUCGUACGACGAGGUCCUCCCGUACUUUCUUAAGUCGGAGGAUUCCACCGUUAGCGUCCAGGACGUAGAGUUCAGGCACCAGGGUGGGUUGCUCAACGUAGCGGACGUUCCUUACAGAACAGAAUCGGCACAUACGUUCAUCAGGGGUUGCAAAGAAGCAGGGUACCCCUAUGUGGAUUACAACGGAAGGAGCCAACUGGGCGUCUCUUACGUGCAAGCCAAUCUCCGAGGAGGUCGGCGGUGUAGUGCGGAAAAGGCCUUCAUUCGCCCAUCUCGAGGUAGGCCCAAUCUGCACAUUCGAUUGAGAAGCCACGUGAUCAAGGUGCUGAUCGAUCCUCUCACGAAAACGGCGUACGGUGUCGAGUACCUCCACCGGAAGAAGAGGUACGCCGUCAAUGCGAGCGUUGAAGUGAUAUUGAGCGCAGGCGCCUUCCAUUCGCCCCAAAUCCUCAUGCUCUCCGGUGUAGGCCCUCGAGAUCAUUUAGCUCACCUACACAUACCGCUGGUAAAGGAUCUCCCAGUUGGACAAAAGUUGUACGAUCACGUCACCUUCUUGGGACUAGUCUUCACCGUGACUAAGCCGAUCGUGAGUUUCUUCGAAGAGACUUUCUCGCUCGAGAGCUUCUUCAACUUCUUUCUCUUCGGCCAAGGUCCCCUCACGAGCAUCGGCGGAGUGGAGGCCUUGGCCUACUUCAACACCAACACCACAACGCACCCCCCAGGUCUUCCAGACAUGGAGCUCAUCUUCAUAGGCGGUGGCCUUCACAGCGACUACUCUAUUUUCUUCAAGAACCAAUUUCGGGUAUCCGACAGAGUGUACGACGCACUUUGGUUACCGCUACACGACAAGUACGCGUUCAGCAUCCUACCGAUGGGCCUCCACCCCAAGUCGCACGGUUACAUGAGGCUCAGAUCGAGGAAUCCGCUCGAUCCGCCUCUCUUCCACGGAAAUUUCUUCACCGACCCCGACGGUCACGACAUAAAAACCUUCAUCGCGGCAAUUCGCGAGAUCCAGCGCAUCACGAAGACGCCCGCCUUCCAAACGUACGGCGCGCGGCAGGUGGAAACUCCGGUGCCCGGAUGCGAGGCUCACACGUUCGACAGCGACCCCUACUGGGAGUGCGCGGUACGGCAUAUCACGGCGACGCUACACCACCAGAUUCACACGUGCAAAAUGGGACCGGCGAGCGAUCCCGAGGCGGUCGUCGACGCCAGGCUGCGCGUCCACGGGGUGCGCCGGCUGAGAGUGAUCGACACGAGCGUCAUCCCAACGACGAUGUCGGCGCACGUCAGCGCCGUCGGGUUCAUGAUCGGGGAGAAGGGAGCAGACUUAAUUAAGGGAGAUUACGACGAUUUGUCGCCUAGAACGUUGUAAACACAAUAAAUUAUUUCCAUUU